AUGUCUCCAGCUACGAGCCGUCGAACAGUUAAAUGCGAAACAAUUGACGGGAUUUCACUAGAAGCAUGGCUCUGGGAGGUUGAAGGCCCCGCGCCCGUAAUUGUCAUGACUCACGGCCUCAAUUGCGUCAAAGAAUGGAGUCUUGAGGAGACAGCCGAGACCUUCCAGAAAGCAGGCUACAACGUCCUUCUGUACGAUCCAAGAGGCAUUGGAGGCAGUGAGGGUGUCCCCAGAAACCAGCCUGAUCCGUGGCAGUACUCUGAGGACAUUUCAGAUGUCGUCACCUACGCAAGCACACUACCGACUGUUGACUCCCAGCGGAUUCUACUCUGGGGUAUCUCCUUCGGUGCCAGUGUGACCGCAUGCGCUGGCGCCGUUGAUCCUCGCGUGGUAGCCGUUCUGAUGGUCGCGCCCAUUUUCAAGUUCAUUCGGCCGGACAAGCGGAGGAAGCUGUUUACACAGCUGAUGAAGGACCGUCAAUCGCAGAUCAGAGGCAAUGAGCCUUUCUACCUGCGUCCUUACGACAGUAACGGGGAAAACCCAGCGGGCUACGGUGGCUCCGGUGGGCCAUGCGCCAAGGAAGCGUACACGUUGAUGGAACUCGGUGUCGAGCGCUAUGGAUACCGCAACCGCAUCACGCUUCAGACAUUCCACAAACUGGCGCUGUUCCGUCCCCAAGACUUCCUGCAGGAGAUGUUAAACGACAAGCCAAUCAUGAUGGUUGUGCCGGAGAAUGAUACAAUGUCAUUGCCAGCGGAUCAGCUGGCAGCGUUUGAGAGUUUCAAGUGUCCAAAACAACUUCACAUGGCCAAGAACAAAGGUCAUAUGGAUAUCUUGUCAGGAGAGGAGUUCACGCAGAACAUGUCUGCGAUGAUAAAGUUCUUCAAUUCAGUUUCACGCGAAGAAGAUCUUGCAUAA